CUGGCCUCUUUCCUGUUAUUUCUCUGCAGGAGCAGGAGCCCCUUGCCCUCCAGGCUGUGCAGCCAUGUUCUGGGGGCUCUGACCCCACGGAAGUCCAUGGGGAGCCCCAGACUGGCGGCCCUGCUCCUGCCUCUCCUGCUGCUCAUUGGCCUCUCUGCCUCCUCUGGGAUUGGCUGCCCCUAUCUUCUGCACUGGAGCACCCACUGUCUGCUGGCCUCCCACAUGGAAGAUGCACUCACUGGAGGGUCUGCUCAUAUUCCUUGCCAUACCCAGUUGGCCCUUCCUGUGUCUCUAAAGUCCUGGUGUGCUCAGCUCUGGCUCCCCACCUGCUAUUUACACCUGCAUCUGAUGUCAAAUCUUUCAGACCUCCAGGGGGGCUGGAUCCACUUCCUGGUGCAGAAAUACAAAAAGUCAUACAAGUUCCGGUUCUGUAGGAGACACAAGAUGCCAGCAUCUGCUCAGAGGAAGCUGCUGAAUAGCUGUUGCCUGUCUGAGAAGGGUCAUCACAUUGCUGUCCCCUUCCCAGACAUCUCUCACAAGGGAUCACGCUCUAAAAGGACCCAACCUUCAUAUGCAAAGGCAAUGGAAGGUCUCCCCAGGCCCAGCUCACAAAGGCAUGGAGGGCCCGAGUUCUCCUUUGAAUUGCUGCCUGAGGCACGGGCUAUUCGAGUGACCAUUCCCCUGGGACCCAAGGUCAGUGUGCGUCUUUGUCACCAGUGGGCACUAGAAUGCGAGGAGCUGAGCAGUCCCUUCGGGGCCCAGAAAAUUGUGUCUGGGGGCCAUGCUGUAGACCUGCCUUAUGAAUUCUUUCUGCCGUGUCUGUGCAUAGAGGCAUCCUACCUGCAAGAGGACACUGUGAGGUGCAAAAAAUGCCCCUUCCAGAACUGGCCUGAAGCCUAUGGCUCGGACUUCUGGAAGUCAGUGCACUUUACUGACUACAGCCAGCACAGUCAGAUGGUCAUGGCUCUAACACUCCGCUGCCCACUGAAGCUGGAGGCCUCCCUCUGCCAGAGGCAGGGCUGGCACACCCUCUGUGAAGACCUCCCCAAUGCCACGGCUCGAGAGUCACAGGGGUGGUAUGUUUUGGAGGGAGUAGACUUGCACCCCCAGCUCUGCUUCAAGUUCUCUUUUGGAAAUAGCAGCCACGUUGAAUGCCCCCGCGGGACUGCCCCAUCCUGGAAUGUGAGCAUGGAUACCCAGGCCCAGCAGCUGGUCCUUCACUUCUCCUCGAGGAUGCACGCCACCUUCAGUGCUGCCUGGAGCCAUCCAGGCUUGGGGCAGGACAGCUUGGUGCCCCCUGUGUAUAGCAUUAGCCAGACUCAGGGGUCAAGCCCAGUGACGCUAGACCUUAUCAUUCCCUUCCUGAAGCCAGGGAGCUGUGUCCUGGUGUGGAGGUCAGAUGUUCAAUUUUCCUGGAAGCACCUUUUGUGUCCGGAUGUCUCUCAUAGACACCUGGGGCUCUUGAUCCUGGCACUGCUGGCACUCACCACCCUCUCGGGCAUUGUUCUGGUCCUCACUCGCCGGCGCCCACUGUCAGGCCCGAGCCACGCGCGGCCGGUGUUGCUGCUGCACGCGGCGGAGUCAGAGGCGCAGCUGCGCCUGGUGGGAGCACUGGCUGAACUGCUUCGGGCAGCGCUGGGCGGCGGGUGCGACGUGAUCGUGGACCUGUGGGAGGCUACGCGCGUAGCGCGCGUGGGCCCGCUGCCGUGGCUGUGGGCGGCGCGGGCGCGCGUGGCGCAGGAGCAGGGCACCGUGCUGCUGCUGUGGAGCAGAGCCGACCCCAGUCUGGCCGGUGGUCCGGAUCCCGGCGCAGCGCCCCUGCGCGCCCUGCUCCGCGCGGCCCCGCGCCCGCUGCUGCUGCUCGCUUACUUCAGUCGCCUCUGUGCCAAGGGCGACAUUCCCCCGCCACUGCGCGCCCUGCCACGCUACCGCCUGCUGCGCGACCUGCCGCGGCUGCUGCAGGCGUUAGAUGCAAUACCUUCCACCGAAGCCGCCAGCUGGGGCCGCCUCGGGGCUCGUCCGUGCCUGCAGGGUCGCCUGGAGCUGUGCCGGCGGCUGGAACGGGAGGCCGCCAAAUUUUGCCAACUGAGGCUGAGCAGAGACAGGCCUAGGGGUACUGGCUGGAACCCCUGAAUGAGCCUUCUACCCUUGAAUCUUUGGGGUGCCACCUCGGGACUACUGGCCAAAAAUCCUUACGCUGUCUGCCAACCUGGGAGCAGAGCACCUCCCUCACUGUCCCAGCCCCUUCCCCACGUGUGCCUGGCUUCUUCCUUAGGAUUACCCUUUCAGAACCAGCAGGGAGAGUUGGUCUUUACUGAGGGCUCCACCGACCCCAGUCCUGUGGGGGUGGGGGAAUCUUCCCACUUCUCUUCAAAAUUCCGGAAAGAGUAUUUUGCACAUGAACCAGUCCAGGCUGUAGAGGUUGUGGGACAGGGAUAGAGGAGGCAGGAACUAUGGCAGUUCUGAGUGAGGGGUGACUUCAGGGGGUGGGAGAAAUUCCCUUUCUGAGCCAGGAUACUGCUUUCCCAGACUGGAGCCUAGCCCAGAGGAGGAUGGAGGGAGAGAGAGAGCCUGAUCAGGGAAAGAGGUUUCAGCCUUGAGUGGCCAGGACACAGGUGUGACUAAGAUCAAGAAAAAUAAAUAAAGGUGAAUAUAAUGGAUAAGCUAA